GUAAUUUGUGUCGCAUAUUUUUGCAGGGGAACGCGAGUGUUACGUUAUGUGAUUGAUAGUGUCCAAAAAUUUGGAUUUUCUUCCAGGCGUCAAGGACCAGAUGAGUGAACGUCGUGAUCGUCAUUGGGAUCACUGGUGAAGAAAUCCGUGGAGAAGCGCGUGGAAGAAAGCGGAGAAGUUUUGGAUCACUGAAGCAGUUCGGAAGGAUUCGUCUGAGUUUCGGUCGACUUUUGGGCAUUUCGGGAGCUGCAUAAAAAGUUUCUUCGGAAAUUCUAGGUCUAUCGUUGGGCAUUUCGGGAAAGCUUCGUCAAAUAGUAUCGAAUCUGGGUACAAAAUCCUAAAGCUGUGGGAAAGUUUUCGUCCCAAGUCUCGUGGGCCAUUGUCAUGCACAACGACAUUAUGGAAGGGUCAAACAAGGAGAAACGAAUUUUGAAGAAACGAAACAAACUUUUAUUCGAAUUGGGUUUGUCCAAUGCGGUGAACGCGUUGAAAGAAGAGCGGCGUGCGAAAAAGUUGCGGUUAGAAGAAGAAACUCAAGCCGAUUGUGAAUGCGAAAUUAACGAAGAAUUCUCCGAAAGCAAUCGUGGGGAGACGAACGGCCCCAAAGAAGCAAAUGAUGUUCUAUUGGAGCGGAAAACUUUGAGGGAAACACGGAUGAUUUUUGGAAGACUAAGCAGAACAGAUACUGGCCUCGAAGCAUCAUUGGAAGCUGACAAUGGGGCGUUAGUUCCCGACAGAGAAAUCGAGCCUCUGGCGAUGAUCGACGUCCAAGCAUUGUUUGCUCUCGCCGUCCUCAAGAAACUAGACGUUGUUCAGCCUCGGUGGUGUUCAGUUGAUUGUGGAGUUGGAAAGAAACCGCCAAAGAGAGCAGUUGCUGUUCUUGUGUCUGGUGUGAGCGUGGAUGACUAUAGGGAUUCUCUGGGAUUGCAGCAGUUUUUCAGGACAUGGGCUGAUGCGUGUGCAGAAGUUUUAGCUCCGGCGAGAUAUUCGUCUUCACUCAUGAUGGACUUCUCUUGGGAACCUUUGCAGAUAAAGAGUCGCAAAUCCCCGAUUGAUGGAAUUGUUCGUUGGUCUGCGUUAACGAAUACGAAGAAGCUCCUCAGUCCUCUCAGGCGAUAUUUUCCCAUGGAAACCUCUUGCGAAUCGAAGAAGAGAGCGUUUGAAGAGGAAAUGCAGGAUCAUUUUCAGCGGAGGAUUCUGCUGGAACCUGGUAUGGCGUGCAAAAAGACGGACUUGUUGCUCAGUGUUGCCACUAUGAUUGAAGAAUGUAUCCCUUUGCCUGGAAUGUUGUUUCCAUCUGCUGAAGCCAAGUCCUUUGCUCUGUCCAAACCCUUGUAUGCCGAGGUGACAAAGGAUUCCCCUUUGUUUGCUUUGGAUUGUGAAAUGUGCAUAACUGAGGGAGGACGAAGUGAGUUGACCAGGAUCGCUAUUGUCGACGAGAAUUUGCAAGUCGUGUAUGAAACGCUGGUGAAACCACGUGCAGAAAUCACCAACUAUUUGACUGCAUUUUCUGGCAUAACGGAGGCCCUCUUGAAGGAUGUGGAAGUCAGGCUUGAGGAUGUGCAAAAGGCUGUGCAGGUGGAAUUGUUGCCUAGCGAUGCGAUUCUCGUGGGGCAUUCAAUUUGCUCUGACUUACGUGCCCUUCGGCUUUUUCAUCCAUACCUGAUUGAUACCAGUUUGAUUUACAAUAUGACUGGCAUGAGGGAGAGGAAAACAAAGCUGAAGACACUCAGUUCUGUAUACCUGGGUCAGAUGAUUCAAGCGGACUUGGUUCAUGGCCAUAACCCUGUUGAAGAUGCCACAGCAGCCAUGAAAUUGGUUUUGCUGAAGCUGCAGCAUGACCUUACCUUUGGAGACACUGUUUUGGGAACUUUGCCCGAGUCUGUUUGGAGAAGAAUGAAAGACAUCACGUCUGAUACAAGUGAUAUGGAUUUGCAUCCCGAGCAAAGCACGUUGGAAAUGCUGAUGGAACACAAGAAAGCUGUGGUGGUGAUGGGGCCGUUGGACAUUAUGCAACGAUACAGGGAUCGUUGUGCAGAUCGUGGCCAGGAAAAGAAACUUAAUUUGAUCAGCUCCAGUUGCCAACCUCGACUGGUGCAAGCAGCUGCAGAAAAUGUGAACCAGCAUGACGCUAGCGUGAUUCAUUUGUUGCCUGAUAGAAUUGCUCUGGAAAAUCCGACUACGAUCCAAAACUGCAGAAAGGUGACUGGGGUUUUCAUUUUUUCCUUCUCUUUUUACGAGAGGCUUUCAAACGUUAUCUAACUUUCAAAGUGAUCUUCAGUGGUUCAAGACGCGUGAAUGGUGCUUGCUUUGUUGGAAUCAAGACCAAUGCGUGAUCCGAAGUGCUGUUUUGAUUUUCCACUGUUGAAGUAAACUUUUGAUGAGAGGCGCGGGAGUAAAAUCUUUUGAUUACCUCGACA